AUGUCUUAUAUUUGUUCACUUAUUCAUCUUGCACUCUUUCUCUCCUUGUCAUACAACACAAUAGGGGAAUACCACCUUGACACUAACCAAAAACCACAAACUUAUAUAAUUAGCAUCCAAAACAACCUCAAACCCUCCACUUUUUCCAAUGUUGAGGAAUGGUACAAGUCCAUCGUUAGAAAAACUAAUUCCAAUCCCGAUGAUUCCUUGCUUCAUGUCUACAAAACUGUCUUUCAUGGCUUCUCAGCCCGACUUAGGCCCGACCAAGCCGACUCAGUGAAAGCCCAACCCGAAGUCACUCAUAUCUUUUUAGACGAAAUCUACCAACUCCACACCACAAGAACACCCCACUUCCUAGGCCUUGACACUUACCACAGGCCAAUGGGUCUUCUAAAGGACUCCGACUUGGGCUCUAACGUGGUGGUUGGAGUCAUCGAUACCGGUAUAUGGCCCGAAAAUCCUAGCUUUAGUGAUGAAGAACUAGGCCCGGUGCCAUCCCACUUUAGAGGAGAAUGCAAAGGAGGAGAAAAUUUCCCGCCACAUCUUUGCAACAAAAAGAUAGUAGGUGUAAGAUACUUCUCUUCUGCAUUAACAAAUAACGAGUCCAAAUCAGCUAGGGAUGAUUACGGGCACGGAACUCACACUGCCUCCACCAUUGCGGGUCGAACUAAACCCGAAAAUGUCUCCUUUUUCGGGUACGCUAACGGACAAAUUACAGGCCUUGCACCUAAGGCAAGGCUUGCUAUUUACAAGGUGUGUUGGAAGUUCGGGUGCAUAGGCGCGGAUGUACUCGCCGCCCUCGACAAAUCAGUCGAGGACGGUGUGGACAUUAUUUCCAUCUCCUUGGGCGGCCCUACACGACGGUACACUAUGGACCCAAUAGCCAUAGGUGCAUUCGGAGCAUUACAAAGAGGGGUGUUUGUUUCAGCCUCGGCGGGUAAUUCUGGGCAUAGUGAAGGAUCACUGUCAAAUAGUGCACCAUGGAUCACUACCAUUGGUGCAAGCACUAUCGAUAGAACAUUUCCUGCUGAUGUUAUCCUUGACAAUGACAUCGUUCUAACUGGAAGUUCGCUUUAUACCGGUGAUCCAUUACCAGAAAACAAAACUUUCCCACUUACUCAUUUUUCAUCAAAUAUGUCCAAGCAACUUUGCUUACAAGACUCACUAGAUGAGAAAGAAGUCAAGGGGAAAAUUGUAAUUUGCUCGCCGGGGAUGAGUGACAGAGUACAGAAAGGUGUGGUUGUGAAGAAAGCAAGUGGUGUUGGUGUUAUUAUUGCAAUGAAUGAUCCUUCAAUUAGCAACAAUGAUACAUUAAAAAGUGACCCGUUUAUGAUACCCGGGUUAACCAUACCUUUCGCCGCAACUACAAAACUUAUGGACUACAUUGGUAAGCAACAAGUAAAAAAAGCCACCCUUGUGUUUCGAGGGACUCAAAUAGGCAGAGUAUCUGCCCCUGUUGUUGCAGCAUUCUCGUCUCGGGGCCCCAACACACUGUCCAUAUACGUACUUAAGCCUGAUAUGAUCGCGCCAGGGGUCGACAUCCUAGCUGCUUGGCCUAAUAACAUAUCACCAACUAAAUUGUCCGAGGAUCCUAGGAGGUCCGACUAUAAUGUCUUAUCAGGGACCUCUAUGUCAUGCCCUCAUGUAUCGGGUAUAGCCGCAUUGCUUAAGGGUGCGCAUCCGGAUUGGACCCCGGCUACAAUCCGGUCCGCGUUAAUGACUACAGCUUAUAACGGAUAUCAUGAAACCACUCCAAGACAGAACCCCAAACAGUUGACAUUCUGGGACACGGGUGCAGGACAUGUUGAUCCUACAAAGGCGAAUGAUCCAGGGUUAGUAUAUGAUUUAAGUGAAGAUGAUUACAUUGAUUUUCUUUGUGCCUCAAAAUAUAAUGAUAAGGAGAUAAAAAUGAUUGUGAAGAGACCAGUUAGUUGUGACAAGAAGAAUGUUCAAUUAUGGGAUUUAAAUUAUCCAGCCAUAAUUGUGACAUCUGAUUUGGAAGAUAAGAUGAUUUUUAGGAGUUUAACAAGCGUAGACUCUGUAACAUCGAAUUAUACAGCUAAAAUAGUGAGUCCUAAAGGAACAAAUGUGAUUGUUAGCCCACUUGAAUUGAAGUUUAGGUCAAAAGGUGAGAAGUUAAGUUAUUCUGUUAAAGUGUCGGCAUUAGAUGAAGGUUCUUUGCAAAGUGGAGGCUUAGGUUCACUCACUUGGACUGAUGGAAAACGUAAUGUCACUAUACCUUUGAUGGUAGCAUAGAUACUAAGUGUUAUAUUGGUAAGG